UCCGUGUUGAACCUGAAGAGAUCCAGAGGGCGUGAGUCGAUAGUCAGUCCUGUGAUAAGUCUUCUUUCGCAUUUGACAGCUAAUUAGCAACCGUAGCUAACGUAACUAGCUGCCCAUAAAACGCGUCAGCUCAGAGAUGUUAACAGUGCUAACAUUACCUAACGCCUAUUAUUUGACACCAUAUUCACCGCAGUUCAUAUCUUACCUUUCAACGACUGAACAACAUUAUCGCUAAACAGAGAAAAAUGUGAAAAUGGACAACUGGGGACAGAUGAUCGGCUACAAUCGUUACUAGUCUUGCAGACAGGUCUCUCGACCAUGGGGGGCAUCCCAGGCUAGAUGGAGGAGCAUGUCCAUCAGAUCAGCCCCAGAUGUCUCUUCAGACCAGGCAGUUGGGGUGGUCUCCUUUCCUCCCCUCCAGACAUAUUCAGAAGAGGAGGGCAUGAUGAAGGAAGCAGUGAAAAAAUAUGCACAAGAGCGCAUUGCUCCAUUUGUGUCAAAGAUGGAUGAAAAUUCUGCCAUGGACGAGGAAGUGAUCAAAUCUCUCUUUGAACAGGGUCUCAUGGGCAUUGAGAUCGACCCAGAAUAUGGGGGCACUGGCUCUUCGUUUUUCUCCUCCAUUCUGGUCAUUGAGGAGCUGGCGAAGGUGGACCCCUCUGUGGCCGUGCUCUGUGACAUCCAGAACACGCUGAUCAACACACUGUUUGCCAAACUGGGUACACCCGACCAGAAAGAGCAGUACCUCAGCCGGCUGUCAACUGACAUGAUUGGAAGCUUCUGCCUCUCUGAAGCAGAGUCAGGGAGUGACGCCUUUUCUCUGAAGACACGUGCUGAAAAACACAAGGACUAUUACAUCAUCAACGGAUCCAAGAUGUGGAUCAGUAAUGCAGAACAUGCAGGUGUUUUCCUAGUGAUGGCCAAUGUGGACCCCUCUGCAGGGUACAGAGGCAUCACCUGCUUCAUCGUGGACCAGGGCACCGAGGGGCUUGAGAUUUGCAAAAAGGAGAAGAAGCUCGGCCUGUGUGCAUCCUCCACCUGCCCGCUAAACUUUGACAAUGUCAAGGUACCAGAGAAUAAAAUUUUGGGACAGAUAGGUCAUGGGUACAAGUAUGCCAUCGGAAUGUUGAAUGAGGGCCGGAUCGGGAUUGCCAGUCAGAUGCUCGGACUGGCACAGGGUUGCUUUGACCACACCAUCCCUUACACCAGACAGAGGGUCCAGUUCGGAAAACGCAUCUUUGACUUCCAGGGCUUGCAGCACCAAAUUGCCCACGUAGCAACACAGAUUGAAGCUGCCCGGCUGCUGACUUACAACGCUGCUCGUCUGAAGGAAGCUGGGAGACCUUUUAUCAAGGAGGCCUGCAUGGCUAAAUACUUCACUGCAGAGGUUGCAACCCUAACCACAUCUAAGUGCAUCGAAUGGAUGGGAGGGGUAGGCUUCACCAAAGACUACCCAAUAGAGAAAUACUACAGAGACUGUAAAAUCGGCACAAUUUAUGAGGGGACGACAAAUAUCCAGCUAACCAGUAUGGCCAAGUUCAUUGAUAAGGAGUAUGACCACUGAAACCAUCUGACGGGAGCCUGAUAGACGGCGCUCUGAUGUGUUAUACUCCAUAUUUUCUGUCCUAAAAUGACUUUGCUGGGAUUAAUCCAGCAGCAAUGCAUUACUGUGAAACUGCUUUCAUGUUUCUAGAGUUUUGUUGCAGUUUCAACCCGUACACUAGUAAAGUAGUUCCCACUACUGAUGUUCCCACUACUGUUUCCCCGAUCGCUUUUUCUAUCACUUUUCAGUCCCGGAAUAAGUUUUUCAUACGUAGAUCUUUACCGCUUCCCCCUCGGCCUUAUUUGUUUUCUGUCAUGAAUUAUGUCAGAAUAACAUCCAUGUGUUGCAGUAUGAGAGGGAAUUUUUGAAAAAAUAUUAAUUGGGAUUUUCCUUGAAUGUUUCAGUGCAAUCAGAAAGUCUCCUAUGACUGAGAUCAAUAACUUAAUAGUGUGUUUUCUUUGCAGGACACUUUAAAACAGGUGGAUUGUAACAGUUCUCUCAAUUAAAUGCUCUGUAAAUACUGUACAGUUUCUUGUACAAGACAAAUGGUCUGUCAAUAACCUGACAAAAUCAAUAAAUCCAGUACAAUUGAUCAUCA